AUGGCUGUUCGUACACAAUUUGAAAGUAGUAAUGAUAUUGGUGUAUUCGCACGUUUAACUAAUGCUUACUGUCUCGUGGGUAUUGGUGGAUCCGAAAACUUCUAUUCAACCUUCGAAAGCGAACUUAGUGAUCAUAUUCCAGUUAUUCAUUCAUCGAUCGGGGAUUGUCGUAUUGUUGGUCGAUUAACUGUUGGUAAUCGACAUGGCCUACUCGUUCCAUCAUCGACAACUGAUCAAGAAUUACAACACAUUCGUAAUUCAUUACCUGAUAAUGUUCGUCUACGCCGUUGCGAGGAACGUUUAUCUGCUCUCGGAAAUGUCAUUGCUUGCAAUGAUUACGUUGCAUUGAUUCAUCCCGAUUUAGAUAAAGAAACCGAACAGAUUUUAACUGAUACAUUGAACGUUGAGUGUUUUCGACAGACCAUUGCAGACCGUGUUCUUGUUGGUAGUUACUCAGUGUUUUCCAAUCAAGGUGGACUUGUACAUCCCAAAACGACGGUUCAAGAACAAGAAGAACUAUCGUCAUUGUUACAAGUUCCGCUCGUUGCCGGAACAGUUAAUCGUGGUAGUGAUGUGAUUGGUGCUGGACUUUUAGUUAACGAUUGGAUGGGCUUCUGCGGCUUGGAUACAACUGCUCACGAGAUCAGUGUCAUCGAGAGUGUAUUCAAACUCGGACAACAGAGUGCGGCCGGUGGCGCAACAACAACAGGAAAUACGAAAACAAUCAAAGAUGCGCUUGUUGACGCACUUACUUAA